AUGGGUCCGUUUCUUUCCAAGAUCCAUCCACCUAACAUCUGUCACCCGCGCAAAUUGUAUACACCUGGGCCGUUCAAUUCGGACCCAAUGCAUCAUGUCGUUCCUAAGCCAGUGCCCAGGCCGAAGCCUCCGCUGCCUGGUGCGGGUGAGAUUGUUCCGUCAGGGAACACUUCUUGUCUAAACUUCCGAUGUGAAAUCCGUGCGGGCUUUGCCACUUGGGCCCAAAGCGGACAAUAUCAUACUAGUGGGGAGUUGGACUGGGCUUAUGAAACCCAACAAAUGGUAUCAAAGCCUAGAUGUCGAAAAGAUGGACUUAGGGACAAGUGGGUGUGGGCUGCUCUACAUGUUCCGUUGUGA